UUAUUGUUAUCUUUUUACUUAUUAUACUCGUGCUCCUGACAAUUGACAUAUUCUUGGUUGUGUUCGUAAUAAUCUUGCGCAGAUUCAAAUUUUACGAGAAAGUGUACAAAGUUCCCCCGGAUCCAGUUAUUCUUCCUGUUAAUGUCAACCUGAUGUCCCUCCAAUAAAAGACAUAUCCAUGGCAGCCAAUACGAUCCUCAUAGCUGUAGGCGUAUCCGUCAUAUUAAGCCUCGUUGCUAUGUGUGUGAUGUUACUUGUCUUCAUCUUCGAUAGUCCGUACUCUAAAGCCACCAGGACGACCUUGGCUACCACAACUGUUGAGGUGCAGAUGCACGAACCGCCGGAACUUGCACCUGCUGAGGAAGUGGCGGCACCAUAAUCACAUUUCAUUUCAGCAUAUCACCCCCGGACUGGCGAUGGCUCGGCUUCUUCACAAACUCAGAUUCAGAUCAGUGUCGCGCGGCGCACAGCGGUGUCAACUUGUCGUGCAGCAGAGUGCGAGUAUCACUAUUCCCAUUACCCAUUUAAGUACCCGAGCAGACCACACCGGACCGAAGCCAACGCCAGCACACAUCCCGACACAAAGGACAGCACACAGAGCCCACGGAGAGCGCCGAACACGGCAUACGGAAAUUAAUAAAUCGAUCAUCAGCUCAUUUUGAGAGGAACAAACGUUCCGGCGAUCUCUUAAGCAAUCGCCACCCCAAGCCUACCUCCACAUCCACAUCCGGAGCCCGAAGCCGCACCGCCGCUGAGCUGAGGAAGAGACGGCCAGUCAAGCUAGCCAAGAGCGGAAGAAUGCCGACCAUCACCGAGGACUGCAUCGAUGGCUUCCAACAGUACUAUGCCCGGCCGCCGGAGAGGCCCAAGAAGAAGUCCCUAAAGCAGAUGAUCUACGAUUCCGAGGACAACUCCUACUUUGGUCGCUCCAUGGAGAGCUGGGCCAAAAUCGGAAUCUUCUAUGUGGCCUUCUACGGAGUACUCGCCGCCCUGGUGGCCAUCUGCAUGUGGGCCUUCUUCCAGACCCUCGAUCCUCGCAUACCCAAAUGGACACUAGACCGCUCCCUGAUCGGCACCAAUCCAGGUUUGGGUUUUCGCCCCUUGCCGCCGGUAGACAACGUCGAGAGCACCUUGAUCUGGUACAAAGGCACCCAACACGAGAACUACAAGCACUGGACAGACUCCCUCGAUGAUUUCCUUGCGGUGUACAAGGUACCCGGCCUUACGCCCGGUCGUGGCCAGAACAUCUACAACUGCGACUACAACCAGCCGCCACCAAAGGGCCAGGUGUGCGAUGUGGACAUCAAGUCGUGGUCGCCGUGCACCAAGGAGAACAACUACAGCUACCACAAGAGUGCCCCAUGCAUCUUCCUGAAGCUCAACAAGAUCUAUGGCUGGAUACCGGAAUACUACAACGAUUCCCGCGACCUGCCCGAGUCCAUGCCCGCGAGCCUGAAGAACUACAUUGGAGAAAUGGAGAAAACACAGCCCCACAAGCUGAACACAAUCUGGGUGUCGUGCGAGGGCGAGAACCCAGCUGACCAGGAAAACAUUGGUGCUGUCAAUUAUCUGCCGGUCAGGGGCUUCCCCGGCUACUUCUAUCCCUACCAGAAUUCAGAGGGCUACCUGAGUCCCCUGGUGGCCGUUCACUUCCAGCGUCCGAAACGCGGCAUCAUCAUCAACGUGGAGUGCAAGGCUUGGGCUCGCAACAUUAUCCACGAUCGCAAGGAGAGAAUUGGAUCCGUUCACUAUGAGCUCCUGAUCGAUUAAUCGUUUUAAAUGUUAACCCAUUACAUUAUGUUUUAACAAAAGGUGUGUUCGAUGAGCAACAAUCAUGGACACAGUGGAGUGGAGUGGAGAACGCUAAAGGCGGUGACAGACAAUCCUAACAGAGGCACCCCAUUUAGAUGUUUUUAUGGUUGCUUUUAAAUGUUCAAAAUACCCGUUUUCAAAAUUUCUAGUUUUGUGAGAUACUUUCCCAUACAUUACCACAUUUACAAGAAUUAUUCCGCCUAGCUAGAAUAUAUGCCGCCUAAGAUAUACAAAUUUUGAACUUUGAGCAAUUUUAUGCACUCUUCACAUUAGUUUAUAACGAAAAGACACCAAGGAAACAAUUUAAAGGGAUCGAUCGUAGUAGCCAGACGUGAAUCUCAUUUAGCGCUGACCCAAAACAAAUGCAACAAAUUUAUAACAAUCAAUCCAAACUGCCAUUUCCGAUAGAUCAACAAAAACGAAUCAUUAGAUAAUACAAUUUAUAUCGAAAUUUUACGGAUUACAUUUUUGAGUCUGCUAUACAUUUAACCAGAACAGACCAAUUUUGUCAAACAAAAAUAACCACUUUUACUAAUUACAUAUAGAUUCAGAAUAUUUAUACAUUUCUUAGUCAAAAGUGAAAGCUCUCAACAUCACACUUUGUCAACAACAAAAUAUUAAAAAUUGGCUACGGAAACGCUGAGCUGCGGUUAAUUUGUAAGUUACAAAUAUUUAAGACGUGCGAAGAGAAAGAUGUAAAAAUUACUUGAAUUGAAACUGCUAAGAGACAUGAUAUAUAUCGCUUUCAAAUCUUUUUCAAUAAAAAUAAAAUGUAAGUAGUGAGAAAUCCA